GUCACAACUCGAGAGGUGGAAAUUCUGGUUUCCCUUGCCCAGAGCUCCCAGUGCUGGCUUUGGCACUAUGGGUACCUGGAGGGCCGCACUCCCGGCCCAGCCGGGCUGAGCCUUCCGUCCCCUGCCUCUGGGGCCUGGGAACCCCCCUCCUUCUUUCUCUUGGAUGGCACCUGCGCCCCAGAGUCCGGACACCUGGGUUCUGCACUGUGGCUGGCUCAAGGAGCUAUCUGGCGACAGCCUCUGGCUGAGCAUGGCCCUUCCAGCCCUGGGCCUGGACCCCUGGAGCCUCGUGGGCCUUUUCCUCUUCCAACUGCUCCUGCUGCUGCUGCCACCGACAACCGCAGGGGGCGGUGGACAGGGGCCCAUGCCCAGGGUCAAAUACUACGCAGGGGACGGACGCAGGGCUCUUAGCCUUUUCCACCAGAAGGGCCUCCAGGAUUUUGACACUCUGCUCUUGAGUGGUGAUGGAGGCACUCUCUAUGUGGGGGCUCGAGAGGCCAUUCUGGCCUUGAAUAUCCAGGAUCCAGGGGUGCCAAGGCUGAAGAACAUGAUACCCUGGCCAGCCAGUGACAGAAAAAAGAGUGAGUGUGCCUUUAAGAAGAAGAGCAGUGAGACACAGUGUUUCAACUUUAUUCGUGUCCUGGUCUCUUUCAAUGCCACUCAUCUCUACGCCUGUGGCACCUUCGCCUUCAGCCCUGCUUGUACCUUCAUUGAACUCCAAGAUUCCUACCUGCUGCCCGUCUCGGAGGACAAGGUUGUGGAGGGGAAAGGCCAGAGCCCCUUCGACCCCGCCCAUAAGCACACAGCUGUCUUGGCAGAUGGGAUGCUCUAUUCUGGCACCAUGAACAACUUCCUGGGCAGUGAGCCCAUCCUGAUCCGCACACUGGGAUCCCAGCCUGUCCUCAAGACUGACAAUUUCCUCCGCUGGCUGGAACCGGACGCCUCCUUCGUGGCAGCCAUCCCUUCGACCCAGGUUGUCUACUUCUUCUUCGAGGAGACAGCCAGCGAGUUUGAGUUCUUCGAGAAGCUCCACACAUCCCGGGUGGCCAGAGUCUGCAAGAAUGACGUGGGAGGCGAAAAGCUGCUGCAGAGGAAGUGGACCACCUUCCUGAAGGCCCAGCUGCUUUGCGCUCAGCCGGGGCAGCUGCCCUUCAACGUCAUCCGCCACGCCGUCCUGCUGCCCGCCAAUUCCUCCACCGAUGCCCGCGUCUACGCAGUCUUCACUUCUCAGUGGCAGAGCGGCGGGACCAGGAGCUCUGCUGUCUGUGCCUUCUCUCUCAAGGACAUCACGCGUGUCUUCGAGGGGAAGUACAAGGAGUUGGACAAAGAGACUUCACGCUGGACUACUUACGGAGUCCCCGAUAUCAGUCCCCUGCCAGGCAGUUGCUCGGUGGGCCCCUCCUCGGAUAAAGCCUUGACUUUCAUGAAGGAUCAUUUCCUGAUGGAUGAGCAGGUGGUGGGGACGCCCCUGUUGGUGAAGUCUGGUGUGGAGUACACACAACUUGCAGUGGAGACAGCCCAGGACGUCGAUGGGUACAGCCAUCUGGUCAUGUACCUGGGCACCACCACGGGGUCCCUCCACAAGGCGGUCGUGAGCGGGGACAGCAGUGCUCAUCUGGUGGAGGAGAUCCAGCUGUUCCCUGAUCCUGAACCUGUUCGCAACCUGCAGCUGGCCCCCACCCAGGGCGCAGUGUUUGCAGGCUUCUCAGGGGGCAUCUGGAGGGUUCCCCGAGCCAACUGUAGUGUCUAUGAGAGCUGUGUGGACUGUGUCCUUGCCCGGGACCCCCACUGUGCCUGGGACCCUGAGUCCCGAAUCUGCCGCCUACUGCCCACCCCCAUCCCGAAGUCCUGGAAGCAGGACAUGGAGCGAGGGAACCCAGAGUGGGCUUGUGCCAAUGGCCCCAUGGGAAGGAGCCACCGGCCUCAGAGCCGCCCCCAAAUCAUUAAAGAAGUCCUGGCUGUCCCCAACUCUAUCCUGGAGCUCCCCUGCCCCCACCUCUCCGCCCUGGCCUCUUACCGCUGGAGCCGUGGCACAGCAGCAGUCCCGGAAGCCUCUUCCACGGUUUACAAUGGCUCCCUCUUGCUGCUACUGCGGGAUGGGGUGGGGGGCCUCUAUCAGUGCUGGGCCACUGAGAGUGGCUUCUCAUACCCCGUGGUCUCCUACUGGGUAGACAGCCAGGACCAGCCCCUGGUGCUUGAUCCUGAACUGGCGGGCAUUCCCCGAGAACGUGUGGAGGCCCCACUGACCAGGGUUGGUGGCGGGGUCACUCUGGCUGCCCAGCGGUCCUACUGGCCCCACUUCCUCACCGUCACUGUGCUCCUUGCCUUAGUGCUUUCAGGAGCCCUCAUCAUCCUCCUCAUCUCCUCACUGGGAGCACUUCGAGCCCGGGGCAAGGUCCAGGGCUGUGGGACCCUGCCCCCUGGAGAGAAGGCCCCAUUGAGCAGGGAGCAGCACCUCCAACCCCCCAAGGAACAUAGGACCUCUGCCAGUGACAUGGACACUGACAACAACCACCUGGGCACUGAGGUGGCUUAAACUCUUGGCACAGGCUAGGGGCGCCUGGCCAUGCUGGCUGGGGCACCUGGAGCAGUGCAGCCCUGACUAGGGUGGGAGGAGCACAAAAGACCACCUUCCUCCCACACGAGGAGCUUCUCCUGCCACUCUGUGCCACCAACAGCACUCAGCGGGGUGGGCGCAGUGGCCUGACUGCCCUAUGGGACUCCCUUCUACCAAGCACAUGGGCUCUCUAAUGGGGUUGCCCCAGACCUGGACCUAGGCUAUGAUAUGAGGACCUAAAGAGGAUCCUUCAGUUCUGGCCAUUCCAAGACCGUCCAGAAACAUACUGCUCCAGGAGACUCUGAAACACCUGACUGUUCUAGGACCCCAUGGUGAUAAACGCCAAACAUCUAAACAGCCGUAAGAUAGCGCACCGCUCCUGGAGACUCCACUCUGAAAGCAGCUGCCACCUUGGACACCAACACUCCCCUCUCCCAGGGGUCUCUAGGGUUCUGCAGGGAGCUGCCCCCUCCUGCUCCCCUUAUUGGCCGUGCACCACUGGCUCCUAGGAGGUCUUUCCUGAAGUCUGACCUCUUUCCUUCUUGCUUCAGUUGGGGCAGAUUGUGAUCCCUUCCGGCCUGGCUAGAAUGGCAGGGGUAAUCUGAGCCUUGUUCACUCCUUCACCCUGGCUGACCCCUUGACCUCUAUCCUCUCCCCUUUCCUUUGUUUUGGGAUUCAAAAACUGCCUGUCACAGACAGUUUAUUUUUUAUUAAAAAGACAAAGCUUA